ACAUCCUGUCAGCUGUCGCUUCCGGAUGCGGUGAAACGGCGGAGAAGAAGGAAAACACCGCACGUAGGUUACAUGGAUUAAUUUAAAUGACAAGACGCCAUCCGUAAAUCGAGCACCGUCCAGCCUGGAUUGACCGGUGCAACGUGAACACGUCGGUAACUGCGGUAUUGAGGCCGUUUUUUAUUCCGGAUGUCCGCGAGCGCGCUUUUUGUUUUUAACUGAGUAGCCGUGUUUAUGUCUUCUUGCUAGCUUAAGCCAUCGUAGCGUUAGCUGGUUCGUGCAGACAAACGGCUCCUCUCUCCGCUCAGAGCUGACCCGUCGUUGCUCUCGAGACGUCACUCACUCGCACGUGAGGGUAUUGCGCGGAGGGUUUGUAAUUGUUGGGGGGUGGAAACCGACGAUAAUUGAGUUCGUGUCAAAAGACGAGUACAGAAGCGUGUAGUUUUUCUUGAAAACACUCGGGGCAUAUUUUAGGGAAACGGAACGUUGCGUCUCAACAAGUGGACAAAAUGGAUGUGAUCUGGACUUCAGUCGCCACUCAGACAACACAGCAGACACUUUGUAAAUAACACUUCCUGUCAGCCGUUCGGCUCCACUACUUUGUUCCUCCUUCUGCUGACUGGGCACUUAACAAGCGGUAUCCUGCGUUUUGAAGUUCACCGAAGCGGAGGAAGUCUUCCUCCGUUUUUUAAAAAGUUUUUUUUAACUUUACUUUCGACACAACUUUUUUUUUUUUUUACUUUAACUUCGACUAAGCGACUCAAGCUCAGCAGUGAAGGAUGAAUGGCCUCUCUCUCAGCGAGCUCUGCUGCCUUUUCUGCUGCCCGCCAUGUCCCGGCCGCAUCGCGGCCAAGCUCGCCUUCCUACCCCCUGAGCCCACGUACGCCUUCCUUCCAGACACAGAGCCUGAACCUCCAGCAGCAGCAGCAGCAACGACUACAACAGCAACAGCAACGCCGGCAGCAGCAGCAGCAGGAACAACGGGGAUGUCCAGUCUGCAGGGGCGGAGCGGUGCAUCGGUUGCUGGGAGCGCAGGGGCCUCCGCGUCUGUGGAGGGCAGAUGGAAGCUCCACCUGACGGAGCGAGCAGAGUUUCAGUACUCUCAGAGAGAGCUGGACACGACGGAGGUGUUCCUCACGCGAUCCAGCCGGGGCAACCAAGUCGGCUGCAUGUACAUUCGCUGUGUUCCCAACGCCAGAUUCACGGUGCUCUUCUCCCACGGCAACGCGGUCGACCUGGGCCAGAUGAGCAGUUUCUACAUCGGCCUCGGCACUCGCAUCAACUGCAACAUCUUCUCCUACGACUACUCAGGCUACGGCGCCAGCACUGGCAAGCCCUCUGAGAAGAACCUCUACGCAGACAUCGACGCGGCCUGGCAUGCCCUGCGCACGCGGUACGGCAUCAGCCCGGAGAAUAUCAUCCUGUACGGGCAGAGCAUCGGGACGGUCCCCACGGUGGACCUGGCGUCCCGGUACGAGUGCGCUGCCGUGGUGCUUCACUCCCCUCUGACGUCCGGCAUGCGAGUGGCCUUUCCUGACACCAAGAAAACCUAUUGCUUCGACGCGUUCCCCAACAUUGAGAAAGUGUCCAAGAUCACGUCCCCGGUGCUCAUCAUCCACGGCACGGAGGACGAGGUCAUCGACUUCUCCCACGGCCUGGCUCUGUUCGAGCGCUGCCCCAAAGCCGUGGAGCCGCUCUGGGUGGAGGGGGCGGGGCACAACGACAUUGAGCUGUACAGCCAGUAUCUGGAGCGCCUGCGCCGCUUCAUAGGACAGGAGUUGGCAGUGCAGCACGCUUGACCAGUCACCACCCGGAUCAUCAUCAACAUCAUCCUCAUCGUCAUCAUCACCAUUUGUCCGAGAGUCAUCUAAACCGUCCCUCAGCUUACGUACUGUAGUGCUUUGUUUCCGGGGCACUGGGCGCCUUUAAUGGGCCGUGGAUUAGAAGAGAGUGUGUGUGUGUGUGUGUGUGUGUGUGUGUGUGAGAGUCUGUGUGUGUGUGUGUGUGUGUGUGUGUGUGUGUGUCUGUGUGUAAGACCUUUUCACAAACGGCACUUGGACUUUUUAUUUUAUUUUUAGGAGUUACUUUCAUACUACAUCUAUUCCUCUACUGUGCAAUAAUGUGGAUGAGGGGGGGGAGCCGUUAAAUGAUUUAAAGGAGAUUUAGCAGAACAACAAACUCACAAGUAAUCAUGUAGAUCAAUUACUUUGUGCUCCACAUGGAAAAUCUUUUUUUUCCCCAGCCUGCUCAGAGUUUAUUGUGUGAUUCUUUUUUUUUUUUUUUUUAAUUUUACUGUUAACCCAAGUUAAAUGGAUAAUGGAAACACUAAAGAACACUCUCAAAAAUGCUUGAGGCGGGGGGGAUUUCUUUUUUGGGGGAUUGUUUUUCUUAACACCCGUUUUUAAAUGCAAACAGGUUUGUAACUAAGUUUUCUAUUGUUUCUAUUAGUAACUCCUGUACAAUGUAAUGCAAUCCAAUUUAAAGCCUGACGAUAAAAUGAAGGGUUGAUUUAACCAUAUGAUUGAUGUAGUUAUUAGUUGUGUGGAUUGCAUUAUAUUGACCGGUGUUCCUAAUAUCUGAUCACCGCAUGUAUGCACUAGAUACAUGCAUAAUUCAGUUUAAUUUUUUUUUUCUCAGGUAACCCUCUUUUAGACAUUUGGGGGAAGUGUGUUCCACAUUUGUUUUUUUUUUAAUGCUGUUUUUUUUUUUACCUGCGAGUAAUGAAGCAAACUCCGAUCCCAAAACUGAAGUACAGACCGCUAACGUCUGGAGUCUGCUCAGCGCCACAUCUGUCUCCCAGUAACGGAGUGGGAUUGGCUGCGGCGAAGGAGUCUAAGAGCCUCAGAAAAGGAAAAAUACCUCAAGCUACGUCAUCUAGUGGAAUGUCUGAGAGUCCCGUUUAGUUUUGGUCUCGCUCGCGUUGUUUAUGUCUCGCAUAAAGUAGGUCACAGUGGUCUCCGUGUCUGGUACAGAGAAGAGACGCUGAAAGGAAACGGGCCUCUGUGUUCUACCUCCAGGCGCCUUUUUUUUUUUUUUUUUUUCUUUUUUCUUUUUUUUUUUUAUCUCUGACGGCCAUCUUACUCGCCUGCAGUUUUGUUCAUCUGAGAAGUGACGUGGAGUGAUUUCUGUUUUUGAUUUUUUUUUUUUUGUCAACCUUGAGCUUCACAUUGUGAUGAAUACAUAUACUUCCCACUCUUCUACACUAAUGAGCACAGAAGCAGGUCGAGAGCGUUUGGCCACGUUCACACUCCGACGCCGACAUCCCGCUGCUCUUAUGGUUAAAAGAAAAAAAAGAGCAAGCAGGGUGUGUUUUUUGUUUUUUAAAGUGAAGAAAAUUCCUCAAGUACUCUGGUUUACAGCCUCUAACAUCCGUGUGUAUGUGCGGGCUCUUGGUAACACUAUUGGGUUUUUACACUAUGAGAGGGGUACGCGAUCUUUUCUCGCUCCUGGUGUGACUUUUGUAACCGUUGCAAACCGUCUCGAGCACGUUGUAUUCCCCUUCUCUUUUUUUCUUUUUUAUUGCAAUUUUUGUUCUUUUUGCGCUGAUUAUUUACGGGGAUAUCACCAACUAGUAAAUGGUCCCGUUUUACUGCAAAGGCCAUUUUGUAUUUGCUUAUAACCAGGAUACAAAAAGAACUGGUUUGGAUUUAUAGCCGCCGGCUGCCCAGUUUUAUGUUCAUCUUAAGAUAAAUGGUAAUCCCAUUCUGUUCCUGUUGGAUUCUGUCGGAGCCCUCUGCGCUCUCUCACUAAUGGUCUGUUUUACAAGCAGCAGGCAUGAGCUGCAGAGUGAGGCGUCCAGCUCGAAAGGUGCAACACUCCCCGAGCCGCAGAAGUUUGAAGCCGAAAUUCGGAUCCAUGUAAAGUUCAAAAGUUAUAGCUUAAAAAGUGUUUUACAUGAACCUGUGUUGCUCCUUUUUAAACCUCUCAGGAGAGAGAUGAGAUGAUGACGUUUUGGUUUUUUUUUUCCUUGUGUACAUAUGAACCAAAGUGUAGCUUUUCUUUUUAGGGCUUUACCCCCAAAGUACCUGCUGAUUAUGUUGGUAUCUUCGUAACCAAAGGCACACAUGUUCAAAUUUAAGUUGUUUUAUCAAAAUGUGUAUUCAUCUCUGUGGUUGGUGCAGUCUUUUUCCACUACACAGUACAUUACGAAUUUCAUGUGACCAUUUGUCAUAUUGCUAAAUAAUUCUGUUUUAUCAUCUUGAGUUUGAGCAGCAUAAUUUGUGUAUUUUUCUUUUCUUUUUUUUAAUUCUUUUAAUUUAUCAUUUGUGAAGGAGAGCAACUUUUACAACAAAGCUGUGUUUGGACAUGUUUCUGGAAAAAUGAGUGUGGAAUGAUUUAAAGAACAAUUAAAGAGGAACUUCAAGCUGACCAAUGAAAAGCUUUUGUUUUUCCCAUGUCACAAAUUGUAAGCCAUUGUUUUAUUUUACCGACUCAUUUUUUAGCUUUUGAAGAUUGUCGGGUUUUUUUUUUGCGAUUAAUUGAAGAGAAGUUAAUAAAACAUCAUUAUAAAUUGA